AUGCUUCUGUUAAUUGGGAAAACAAUCAUCUUUGAUAACUUUCCUGAUCCUUCUGAUACAUGGGAAAUCACUGAAACCAUCGGCAAAGGAACAUACGGGAAGGUUUUUAAAGUCCUGAAUAAGAAAAAUGGCCAGAAAGCAGCUGUUAAAAUUCUGGAUCCAAUCCACGAUAUUGAUGAAGAGAUUGAAGCGGAGUAUAACAUCUUAAGAACACUUUCUGACCACCCGAAUGUGGUCAGAUUCUAUGGGAUUUACUUUAAGAAGGACAAAAUAAAUGGAGAUAAGUUAUGGCUGGUCCUUGAG